AUGAAUAUCUGGAUGUGGUGCUCCUAUUAUGGUUUUUGUCAUAUUUACGCUAUGGAAAAUGAAGAUGAUAUGUUAUUAGUUAUAAUUGGCAACGAAGAUAGCACUGAUACAGGAAUUAAAACUGAAGUGGCAGACGAAGAAAUUAAUGAGUUGGCUGUAAGAGAGGUUAUUGAUACUGCUAAAACUUAUGGCGAAUUAAUAGACUUUGAAGAUUUCUUCAUAAAAGAAGAACCACCAGACAGUGACAGUGAAAAUCUCGAAGAACCUCUAACAAAAAAUAUCAAAUCGAAAUAUGAUAAGAUUGAUACAGAAAACAUCGAGGAUGACACAGAAAACAUUGAGAUUGACACAGAAAUUAAGAAUGAUUUGGAAUACAGUGGGGAUGACACAGAAUAUGUACCAGAGGAGGAACAAACAAGUGAUAAUAGUGAUAGUGAGGAAAAAGAGAAACAUAGAUACACCAUGGCAAAACCUUGGGAACGAAAGUCUUUUAUUAAUGAUUUAAGGCAACAGUAUCCUGAAAUUAGACGAAAUAAAAAGAAACUAAUUGCAACACUUUCAGAGAUAAUGAAAAAUGUUAAACCUCCGGCACCACCUUUAGACUACUAUCUUUUGAAUGGUAUUAUGCUGGAGUGCAUUUAUUGCCAUAGUUUGUCAGAAACUAUUCCAGCAGCAGGACGCCACUAUCAAGAGAAGCAUGGACCUCGUUAUCUGAUCUGUUAUGCUUGUGGAGUUGACUUUAGAAGUACUACAAAUCUUUAUAAGCAUGAAAAGCGAUGCAUCGCCCCUGAUGCGGACAUAGUUUUGGCGGCAAGAGCGUUGUGCUUGGGUAGAAACGGUCCAAAACGACCAUAUCCACCAAUUUUUGCAUCAAAACCGCAGAAGUUCACCUGUGAUCAGUGUCCUGCGGAGUUCGCGACUAAAAAUAACCUCAUGUCCCAUGAGCACUUACAUCUGGGGAUACGUCCCUACCGUUGCCAUUUUUGUCCAGCUGCUUACACAUCAAGAGCUGCGCUAUCGCGCCACAUUAAAAAGCACAGCAACAUUGAGUAUAUAUGCGACCACUGCCAGCGUUCGUUCAAAGUGAAGGCGGCGCUCGUGACGCACAUGGACACUCACAGACCGGUGAAGCGGUUCGCGUGCGACGAGUGCGACAAGCGGUACGCGCAGAAGUUCGCGCUGCAGUUGCACGUGGACAGCUGCCAUCGCAAGCUGCCGCCGCACCUGCCCUGCCACCUCUGCGACAAGCGGUUCCGUCGGACUUCAGUCCUCAAGGAGCACAUGAAGAAAGCGCACGGAAUGGAACUGAUAACACGCAAGAUGUUCUACAAAACUCUGCCGCAUCUAACAGAUACGCAAAUUAAAAACGCUAAGAUUGUACGCAACAGGGAUGGUACUGUAGUUGAAGGACAAAGUGAUGAAAAAAGGAAAUGA